AUGACAAAAAAGUCUGGAGAUGAUAAAAACUUAUAUCGACAAAUAAAAGGAAGUCAAGAUGAAAUCGAACGAUUAUCAGUCCUUGACGAAUUUAUUGAUACUACUUUAAGUAAUCAAAUAUAUGCUGCAUUUCAAAAUCUAGACCCCAAUAGUAAUUCGCUUUUUGAAUAUACAAUGCAAAAUACUUUAAAAGGAUACUCCAAUAUAAAAACUUGUUAUCAACACAGAAUAGAACGUAUGAAAGAUCUACUUGCACAAGAAGUCUAUUUAACUAAAAAGAAAAAUACAAAAGGAAGAGCAAGUAAAAAUUUAGUUAAAGAUACUGUAGCAAAUUUUAAACAAUGA